UAUGUUUAAUUUUGAAACCUAAAAUAUUAUAUAGAUCAAAAGAUUACUUCUAUUAUAAUACAGAUAAAGAGGUAUCUAGCUCUCCAAAGCUAGGCGGCAAAAUCUAGGUCAGCUCGUUGCUUGCAAAAUGAUGGAAGAAUUUGAGUUUGAUCGGUUUGAAAAAUCUGAAUCUUGCGUAAAAAAUGAAAAAACUAUUAAUAAAAAGAACUCCAGAAAUUGCGGAUUAGUUUCUGUAGUUGGACUUUUGACUUUGCUUGCAUGUGCUGGGAUUUUGUUUGUUUUGCACACCGACCAAAAAGAAGACAGUUUUGAUGACUUAAUAACAACCGGCGGAGCUGUUAGGAGGUCUUUAAGUAAUAAUUUUCCUAAAUGCAAUACCACUGAGUGUCAAAGAGUAAAAAAGUAUGUGCAAGAUUCUUUAUCAGCAGAGAAAGUUAAUCCUUGCGAUAAUUUUUAUAAAUAUGCAUGCGCUGGAUGGAUUAAGCGCAAUCCUAUUCCAGUUACAAGUUCAACGUAUUCAACAUUUACAAAACUUAAUCAGAAAGUAGAAGGUAUAUUGCAUAAAAUUUUGACUUCUAAAGUAAAAAAUGAAAGAGAAAUGAUGAAAAGAACCAAAGCAUUUUUUCAAUCUUGCAUGGACCAAAGAGGGCCAAACGGAAUCAAUAAAAAAGGAAAAAAACCAAUGAUGGAUUUAAUAAAACAAGUUGGUGGUUGGGAUAUGGCUGGCGAUAAUUCGUGGAAUAGCAGUUGGAACAUAACAGCUACUUUAUUAAAUAUACAUAGGGAUUUAACGUCCUCGGGUGGUCCACUUUUUUCUAUCCAUGUAAGCGACGAUCCGAGACAUGCAAAUGAUCACAUAUUGGAGAUUGAUCAAGCAGGGCCUAGCCUUCCAAGAGAAAUUUAUCUCUCAGAAGAUGCCGAAAAGUUAAAGACUUUAAAAGCUUAUAAAGAGUAUUUGAUUGACGUGGCCACACUUCUUGGAGCUAAAGGAGAUAUAAAAAAGAAAGCGGAAGAGACAAUAGCUUUUGAGAAAAAGCUUGCAGAGAUAAGUGUACCCGACGAUGUUAAGCAAGAAACAUGGUUUCACAAAAUGACUAUGCAAGAACUUGAAAAUGAAGUCCCAAAUUUUAAUUGGCACACAUAUGUUAACGAAGUGUUUAAAGGCCGAAGUUACAUUGCGAAAAACGAAAGCAUUAUUGCACCGUCUGUGGCUUAUUUAAAAAAAAUGAUGUCCGUAGUAGAAUCUGUAGGACCAGAUGUUCUUUCGAAUUAUGUUGUAUGGAGUGUUAUUCAAGAUGAAGUCCCUUACCUAUCAGAAAAGUUUUUAAAAGCAAGAAUGCAUUACAAAGAAAAGGUUUUAGGUUCAAAAGGACUACGAAAAAGGUGGAAGACGUGUGUAUCGUAUACUAAUGAAUACCUUGGUGAAAUUAUUGCUAGAACAUAUACCGAAAAACAUUUUAAAGAAAGCACUAAAUUAAUUGCUACUAAUAUGAUUACAAACAUACGAGAAGCAUUUAAAGAUAAUGUAAAAACAUUGCAUUGGAUGGACGAGGUGACAAAAGCAAGAGUUGCCGAAAAGGCAGAUUCCAUGAAAGAUCAAGUUGGCUAUCCGUCUUAUAUAAAUAACGAUACAAGAUUUGAUAUUAAAUACAAAGACUUGAAAAUAGUCAGCGAUGAUCUGUUUCACAAUCGACUCUCUCUGAUCAAGUUUGCUCAUAAUCGGAUGUUAAACAAGUUGCGAAAGAAAGUUGAUAAAAGCGAAUGGCCAAUGGAUCCCCAAACCAUUAACGCAAUGUACAGCUUCAAUCAAAACGGAAUGAUUAUUCCUGCUGGGAUACUUCAGCCGCCAUUUUUUCACGGCGUAAACUUAUCAAUGGCUAUGUUAUAUGGUGCUAUUGGUUCUAUAUUGGGUCAUGAGCUUACGCACGGUUUUGACAACACAGGAAGAAAAUUCAACAAAAAAGGAGAGCUAUCCAAGCAAUGGUGGACUAACGAAUCGCUUGUUCAUUUUAAAAAAAGAGCACAAUGUAUAGUUGAUCAAUAUUCUAAAUAUAAAAUUAGAGGAAAAUACCCACUGAAUGGCAAACUAACCUUGGGUGAAAAUAUAGCCGAUAAUGGUGGGUUUAAAACAGCACUUAAGGCUUAUUAUAAUUGGGUAAAAACAUCUGGAGGAGACAAUUUGAUUGAAGGAUUGGAUUUUAAUAAUGAACAGCUUUUUCAUAUUGCAUUUGCUCAGGCUUAUUGUAGCAACAGUCGACCAAGUGAACAAUACUUAUCAACACUUAAUGAUAGACACUCAGAAGAAGAGUUUAGAGUUAUUGGAACACUUUCAAACUCGAAAGAAUUUUCCAAAGCUUUCAACUGCCCUAUUGGUAGUCGCAUGAAUCCGAAGAAAAAAUGUUCAGUAUGGACUGUUAGUGAUGAGUAGCAGCAACUUUCGAUCGCUGUGCACAUUGGUUCUGUUUUGGUGAAUUAUGAACUUUUGGUUCUCUAAAGCAAGUUUCCCAAAAAGAAUCAAAUUCUUUUAUGAAUUACAUAUGAUGUAAUUCAUAAAAAUUAUGAGAGACAAAAAAGAUACGACACUCUUUCUUGCUGUAAUUAUGCUGAUGGUAACAAUAUCGUGUGAAUCGUGUGUUCCGAAAAACAUUAAAUACGAAAAUAUAAAAAUGUUUUGUUUGUUCAAUUUCAACAUGAGUUGAAAAGUAAAAUAUUUUUAAAUAUCAGA